AUGGAUUCAAGCAACUUUGAUGUUGCUAUGCAGCUGUACCUCGAUGAUAUUGCCAAAAUCGAAUCUACACAAAAGGGAAAAGGUCGUGCCGGGGAGCUGAGCGACAAUGAAUACGCCAUCCAAUGCAUGAAAAACAACCUUUUGUCAAUCAAGACUGCGAAAGAUGAUAGGAGUGUUGCCCUCAGCACGCUGAGAGCCGCCACCACUGAUGCAAAUGCUCUUGCUUUUAUCAGGAAAGAUGAAAUCAUUGCCCUGAGCGACCAUCAAUACGCCCUUGCCCUAGAACGCGGUGAGAACCCUGAUUCGGCUCUCCCGAAAACCAUGAAGCGUCAACAAAAUAUUGAUACAGUUUCGCGCGGCAUGGGAUACCUAACCAGUCGGAUGAAAGAAGAAGAUCUGGUCGAUAAUUAUGAUGGACUCUCGCCUGUUGGAAUUCAGAAGAAGAAAGUGACGUGCACCUGCUGCCUUGAGCAGCGAGAGGAUAUCGCUUUUUCUGGGAGAUGUGGUCAUCACUAUUGCCAUGACUGUACGCGAAGACUAAUAUUCUCAACUCGAAGCGAAGCCUUGUACCCACCCCGUUGUUGUGGACAGGUCUUACCACCCAUCGUUGUUAUUACGGUUCUGAGCUACGAGGAGCUUCGGGUGUUCAGCAACAAGGCAAUUGAAUACAACACGACGAGCCGAGUGUAUUGUGCGGACCCCAAAUGCUCUCAAUUUAUUCCUCAUUAUGCUAUCGAGAAGGGCAAUGCAACCUGCACAAGGUGUUCCAAGAUCACGCAUCAGCCAUGUCUCUCGUUGGCCCACCCAGGUGUUCGUUGUCCAGUCAACGGCACACGCCGCGAAAUCUUCGAGAUGGCGAGGACGGAGAAGUGGAGGAGAUGUUCUAAGUGCAAGAAUAUGGUUGAGCUGUCGCUUGGAUGCAAUCAUAUCACCUGCAUGUAUGCUUACUCCCCGCACUCCUCACCGCAGAAAGAGGUUUCAAAAACUAACAUAACACCAGUUGUGGAUAUCAGUUCUGCUACGUUUGUGGAUCAGUAUGGGAUACAUGUGACUGUGCCCUGUGGAAUGAGGAAAGACUUGUCGCUAGAGUGCGCGAAGAAGUGGAGAACGAGGUCGCCCCUGGUGCAAAUGAGAAUGUUCGACGGAGAGCUUUCAACGACAUCUACCACCAACUCCAAGGUCACGAAGCAAACCCCUGCGAGCAUCACAAAAGCUCUCAAUGGAUUUACUGCGAGAGAGGAAAGUUGA